GAAACUUGGAGAAUACAAUGAUAAGGGCAUAGUGGUCAAAUCGUCAGCCCUGGCUGCCCGCCACCUUCCAAGAAGACCAGCACCGCAGCACGUAGGUACUGGAUUCACGUGCCACUCCACUCCACUCCAUUCCAAGCUCGAUCACACUCCCAUGGCCAUGGCCAUGCCCAUGCCCAUGCAUGUACACCCACCGAGCAAGCCAAACCAAGCCCAAUCAUCCAAGCUUCACUCGAGCUCACGCCAACACAAACGAUAAAGCUAGCGACCACGAAGCUCAUCUUCUUCCAUGCAAUGCAUCCGGCACCGCCUUUACUAGCAACCAUCCAGGAAGACGACGAGCUGGCGAGCGAGCCCAUGAAGCGCGGAGGAGGAGGAGUAGUAGAAAGCGGCAGGUGCGAGCUGGAGGCCGCGGGCAUCAACUACCACAUCACCGUCUCCGCCCGGCCUCACCCGCUCAAGAUAUGGAGCAGGCCCGACGACCUCCUCCUCGACCCUGCUGCGCCCGCGCCUCCGCCGCUCAGCCGCAGCAGCCGGUGCCGCCUCGUCCUCCGCAACGUCGGCUGCCGCGCCCGCCCCGGCGAGCUGCUCGCCAUCGUCGGCCCCAGCGGCGCCGGCAAGUCCACGCUGCUCGAGAUCCUCUCCGGCCGCCUUCAGCCCAGCUCCUCCCCUCCUACUGACCUCCGCGUCAAUGGCUCCCCCGUCGACGCCGCGGCCCUGCGCCGCCUCUGCGGCUACGUCACCCAGCGCGACGUCCUCUUCCCUCUGCUCACCGUGCGCGAGACGCUCCACUUCAGCGCCCGCCUCCGCCUCGGCCCGGACGCGUACGAUCCCGCCGCGGUCGACGCGCUCGUCGACGACCUCGCGCUGGCCCGCGUCGCCGACGCCAGGGUCAAGGACCUCUCCGGCGGCGAGCGUCGCCGCGUGUCCAUCGGCGUCGAGGCCGUGCGUGACCCGGCCGUGCUGGUGCUCGACGAGCCCACCUCCGGUCUCGACAGCGCCUCCGCCCUCCAGAUCGUCGGCGCGCUCCGGGCCAUGGCCGAGUCGCGGGGCCGCACCGUGGUGCUCAGCAUCCACCAGCCCGGCGCGCGCAUCGUCAAGAUGUUCGACGCCGUGCUCCUGCUCGCCGCCGGCUCCGUGCUCCACCACGGCUCCGUCGACGACCUCCACUCCCUGCUCGCCGGCGCCGGGCUCAGCCUGCCCCCGCACGUGGACGCCGUCGAGUUCGCCAUCGACUCCGUGGACGAGCUCCGCCUCCACCUGCACCUCCAGCAGCAGCAUCAGCGCGACCGCAGGUGCACCCUGCAGCAGCUCUUCCAGCAGCACAAGCUCCAGGCCCAGGCCGACGACUCCACUUCAGCAGGCACGCUCGCCGCGGGAGGAACCAGCGGGCAACACCGGUACGCCAACUCGUGGCCGGUGGAGGUGGCGGUGCUGUCGCAGCGCUUCUUCAAGAACGUGGCGCGGACGCGGCAGCUCUUCGCGUGCCGCACCGUGUGCAUGCUCGUCGCCGGGCUCGCCCUCGGCUCCAUCUUCUACGACCUCGGGGACGACAAGGCGGCGGAGCGCGUCGGCCUCUUCGCCUUCCUCCUCACCUUCCUGCUCUCGUCCACGACGGAGGCGCUGCCGGUGUUUUUGCAGGAGCGGGAGAUCCUGGCCAAGGAGACCUCAUCGGGCGCCUACCGGGUGUCCGCCUACGCCGUGGCGAACGCGCUGGUGUUCCUGCCGUUCCAGCUGGCGCUGGCGGCGGUGUUCGCGGCGCCGGCGUACUGGCUGACGGGGCUACGCCGCACGGCGCCCGCAUUCUUCUACUUCCUGCUCCUCAUCUGGCUGGUCCUCUACACGGCCAACUCGGUAGUGGCGUGCUUCGCGGCGGCGGCGCCGGACUUCGUGGUGGGGAACGCGGCGGUGCAGGGCGUGAUGGGGUCCUUCUUCCUCUUCUCCGGCUACUUCAUCAGGCGGUCGGCGAUGCCGGCGUACUGGGUGCCGAUGCACUACCUGUCGCUCUUCAAGUGGCCGUUCGAGGCGCUGCUGCUGAACGAGUUCGGGGGCCGGUGCGCGGCGAGGGCGAUGGGGGUGUGCGUGGCGACCGGCGACGAGGUGCUCCGGCGGGAGGGGAUCGGGGAGGAGUGCCGGUGGAGGAACGUGGCCGUCAUGGUGGGGUUCGUCGCCUUGUACCGGGUGCUCGGCUACGCCGUGCUCCGGGUCCGCUGCAGCCUCACGCUCAGGGCCGCCGCACGAUCCGCAUUGAUGCUCACAUCCUCCUCACACCACUCUGCUUGCUUCUCUGCAUCUUCUACUUCUACGAGUAGUACCAAAGCCUGAAUCCCUUUCUUGCACAUGUUCCAUAAAUCUUGAUGUAAUUUUGGUUGUAAAUUAUGGGACAGCUAUGAUGAUGAGUAAAGGGACAAAUUACAUUUUGCGUGUA